UGUCGUGCCGUGCCGAGUGUAUAAAAGAGCGCAGCUAAUACGAGAUAAUUUAUUCAAGACGCAACUUGCACUCUAACAGGAAGCAUCGUUAAUUUGAAAAGAAGUUAAAAAAAACAACGAACGUCUGUCACAUCCGCGUAGCUAUAAACCAGCAUCAGCGUUUCGUUACACAUGUCUUCAAUCGAUCCACUUGGAACAAAAGACUGAUUAAAUCACCGUGGAACCAAGAAAAUUUAUAAAACAAACAUGUUAAUCAACUCCUCGCAAAAUUACCGACUGGCCAUCCAAACGAUCCGUUCACAUAGCGGUCUAUUACAAGAUGUUAGCCAGUUGAAUGUUUGCGCGAAAAGGUGGCUUUGGGCAUACAAACCUAUAAUUGGAUCGAGCAGCAUCAAUAGAAACCGAAUUCAGGGUCAAUGCCAACGUGGUUUUUCGAAUAGCGUGUUGCUAUAUCAAAGCCAUCCCACCGACACUCAGUUUCAAAAAAUGAGCCCAAUCGCAUCACAGCAAAUCUCUAGUCAUCCAAAGAUGGAGAGUAACGGUACUAAGAAGGGUCUUACAUCUGAAUACGUGUUUGAACGUGAAAAAAAAUACGGUGCACAUAAUUAUCAUCCACUUCCAGUGGCUCUGUGCAAAGCCAAAGGCGUUUACAUAUGGGAUGUCGAAGGAAAACGUUAUUAUGAUUUCCUUAGUGCAUAUUCUGCAGUUAAUCAGGGUCAUUGCCAUCCAAAAAUUCUGAAAGCUCUAACCGAACAAGCACAAACACUCACACUCACCUCAAGAGCCUUCUAUUCAGAUGUGUUGGGUGAAUACGAGGAAUUUGUUACAAAGUAUUUUGGCUAUGACAAAGUGUUGCCGAUGAAUACCGGUGUUGAAGGUGGCGAAACGGCUUGUAAAUUGGCACGUCGUUGGGGUUACGAUGUGAAGAAAAUCCCGCAAAAUCAAGCAAAAAUUGUAUUUGCCGAAGGAAACUUCUGGGGCCGAACAUUGUCAGCUGUUUCAUCGUCAUCGGAUCCAACGUGCUUUGAACGAUUUGGUCCAUUCAUGCCAGGCUUUGAAUUGGUGCCCUAUAAUGACGUAAAAGCGUUGGAAGAAAAACUAAAAGAUCCGAACGUAUGCGCAUUCAUGGUUGAACCGAUUCAAGGCGAAGCUGGUGUGUUCGUUCCAGAUGAUGGUUAUUUGAAAGAAGUGCGUCGCCUAUGCACAAAAUACAAUUGCUUGUUCAUUGCUGAUGAAGUUCAAACUGGUCUUAGCCGAACCGGUAAAUUGUUGGCCGUUGAUCAUGAAAAUGUUCGUCCCGAUAUUUUGAUUUUGGGUAAAGCAUUGUCGGGUGGAGUGUAUCCAGUGUCAGCCGUACUAGCAAACGAUGAUAUUAUGUUGACAAUCAAACCCGGAGAGCAUGGUUCGACAUACGGUGGCAAUCCACUUGGGUGCAAAGUAGCAAUCGCCGCUCUCGAAGUGCUUCGCGACGAAAACCUAGCCGAAAAUGCUGAACGAUUGGGCGAAAAACUCCGAUCUGAACUCCGAAAACUACCAAAGGAUAUGGUGCCGAUCGUACGCGGCAAAGGAUUAUUGAAUGCCAUCGUUAUUGAUGAACGUCUCGAUGCAUGGGAAGUGUGUCUUAAGCUCAAAGAAAACGGACUCUUAGCUAAACCUACACACGGCGAUAUUAUAAGAUUGGCGCCACCACUUGUUCUCACCGAAGAACAACUUGAUGAAUGUGUCGAUAUCAUUACAAAGACAAUUUUUUCAUUUCAACAAUGAACUGGAACAGCGCAGCUAGUUCAAGAUUCAAUUUAAUUUCACUCAAUAAUUAGUUCAUUCUCAAUCAAUGUAUUAUUUUUAUCACGAUGACUGUGAAAUAAUUAUGAAUAAAAUUUUAAUCACCAACAUA